AGAAACCAAGAGAGACGUCGUAUCCCUGACGGUUCCUCCGGUGUGAAGAUGGCGGUCCCAACUCAAAGCAGCCGGACCGGAUCCGUUAGCAGUCUGGGAAACAGUCCAACCGCAACACCGGGCGGCUUAAACAACAACCACAAACUGUGGUGCUGUCAUGAGCUUGAUUUCAGAUCCGGAAUGAAGAUCGAAGAGCUCAACCGACUCAUCCAUGAAUUCAGUAAACAAGACCAACGGGAGUAUGAUGACCAGAGGGCACUGGAAAUACACACCGCCAAGGAUUUUAUCUUCUCCAUGCUAGGCAUGGUGCAAAAGCUGGACCAAAAAUUGCCUGUCGCAAAUGAGUACCUAUUGUUGUCUGGUGGUGUGCGAGAAGGUGUGGUAGACAUGGAUCUCAGUGAGCUUGGCAUCUACAACCGUGGCUCCAACUAUGACAUGGCCUUCACCCUGUUGGUUCCUGCACUUAAAUUGCACGACCGGAACCAGCCUGUCACACUGGAUAUGCGCCACUCAGAACUUGGUCACUCUUGGCUUAGCUUGCGACUUUUUGACGAGGGUACCAUUAACCGUUGGCGGGACUGCUGCACGCUUACUGAUCAUCUGAAUGGCACCACCAACUACUUUUUCUCACCUACACUGGUAGCUGACUGGUUUCAAGAAGCUGUUGGACUUGUACUUGCAGAGUUACAACGCAAGCCACAAAGGGGCACCCCACGAGUUGAGCGAGUUGAGCGCCACAACACACUACUCACUAUCGUUUUAGGUGUAGGCAGCAGCCGCAUGCUUUAUGACAUUGUUCCUGUGGUGUCUUUUAAAGGCUGGCCAGCAGUUGCUCAGAGCUGGUUAAUGGAGAACCACUUCUGGGAUGGCAAAAUCACAGAGGAGGAGGUUAUCAGUGGCUUCUAUCUGCUGCCUGCCUGCUCAGCCUCUGGUUGCAGAAAGAAUGAGUGGCGUCUUUCUUUUGCCCGCAGCGAAGUUCAGUUGAAAAAGUGUAUCUCACCAGGCCUUAUGCAAGCUUACCAGGCAUGUAAGGCAAUAGUUAUUAAACUACUAGCCCAACCUACAUCUAUCAGUCCAUAUUACUUGCGUAGCAUUAUGUUGUGGGCCUGUGACCGACUACCUGCAAGCUAUUUGUCACAGGAAGAAUAUGUUGCGCAUUUCCUGCUAGGUCUCAUAGAUGACCUGCAGCACUGCCUUGUCAACAAGACCUGCCCUAACUAUUUCAUCCCACAGUGUAACAUGUUGGAGCACCUGGGUGAUGAGACUACUAUGUUUCAUGCUCGUAAGCUAGCGUUGGUACGUAUGGAUCCAUCCGAGCACCUGCGCUCCAUUAUUGAGCAGGCCAAGACAGCCAACAGACUGACUCAGGAGAUGCAGCGUUGUGGGAGUUCCUCAGGACUGCUCUCUCCACUUGCGGAUCCCUCCAUAGUUGAUAACCAGCAACCAGAUGACCGGCUGGCCAAGAAGCUACAGCAGUUAGUGACUGAAAAUCCAGGGAAGUCUAUCUCUGUGUUCAUCAACCCUGAUGACGUCACACGACCUCACUUUCGUAUUGAUGACAAGUUUUUCUGAAAAAUAUGGUCCAUUUUCACUUCUCCUCGGCUAUAAUGGUGGAACCUGAUGGGACACUUUCCAGAAACUGGAGCUACGUCCCUAUGUCUUUAAACGUCAGAACACAGUAUUUUUUGAUGGAAAUGUUCUGCAACAGCUCUAUUGGACUUGCCUUAUUAAGAGGCAAAUCUAUACCAUUUGCAUCUGCAAGCAUGGUGGUUUUCAUGUUUCGUCUAAGAAUAAAAGUCAGGCCAAGUGGACAACGAUUUACAUAGUAAAUGUAGUAUAUGUCCUCCAGGUGGUAUGUUAUUUUGAACCCAUUUUAAAUGAAUGAUAUAUUCAGACAUUGUUGUAUGUGUUUUGCUCCUGUUCUGACUACACUUUGCCGGCACCUUUAUGUGUUAUUGUUAUAUCAAUAUAAUGCUGUUUUUAAACCUGUCCAGUUAACUUGCCUUGUUAUGUAUUUAGAAGAUACAACAGAAGAAUAUGUCAGAGAAGACAAACCCUUUCUAUAUAUAAGGGAUUGAAAUCAUAUUCCUUUUAAGUGCAAUUAAAAAAAGAGAGGUUUGAGAGGUUCUUAUAUUGUCAAAAAUUGUUAUUCUAAGAAUGCAGAAGGGGUGUGGGGCCUGUAACCCUAAAACUUUCUGAUGUUGGAGAAUAAAAGAAUGUUGUUUUUAUUUUAUUUUAUUUAUGCAUUGUUAUUAUUUUUUUAUUGAAUAAAUUAAAGUGACAAGCAGCAAUCCGA